AGGCGACGUGGCAAAUUUCAAUUGGGGGAAGAGAGUAGGUAGGAAUUGUGAGCAAGUAGAGGAAGUUGGGGUUUGCGAAGAAAGGGCAAAGGCGAGUUAGUAUUCAUGGCGACUUCGAAGCUCCAAGCGCUCUGGAACCACCCCGCUGGCCCUAAAACUAUUCACUUUUGGGCACCGACAUUUAAAUGGGGAAUCAGCAUAGCUAAUGUUGCUGACUUCUCUAAACCACCUGAAAAGCUUUCUUAUCCCCAACAGAUAGCGGUUGCUUGCACUGGAAUCGUCUGGUCACGUUACAGCACUGUCAUCACCCCGAAAAACUGGAAUCUUUUUAGUGUAAACGUUGCAAUGGCUGGGACAGGACUCUACCAACUUUAUCGCAAAGUGCAGCAUGAUUACUCCUCUGAACCAGAAGCUGUUAUUGCAAAAGAAUGAUGACGAUAAAUAUGCUGAACUAUGAUAUAGGGGUAACAAGUCGCUUCUUUUGUUUGUAAUUUUUAACUUCGUAUAUCCCAUUGUUGGAAUGGGGAAGGGUGUUAAAUAUUUGAUAUUACCUACGUUUCAUUCCUUACACUUCUUUCUGCUGUUUAAAAUUAAACUAUUGAGAAUUUUGUGGCAAUUUGAAUAUUCAAGAGCCUCCUCAUAUCUAAUAAAAUAUUUGUUUUGGGAGCA